CAAAAUAAACGUUUGCUCGUUUCAUUAAAACUGGCCGAAAAAAAAAAACUGAUCUACUCGUACGAUUUCCCACGAGUUGUCAACGAUUGCUGCUGCUGCUGUUAUCAAUUACCGAAAACUCGAAUGAACCAGAUGACCGAUAGUUAAACGAGCAAAGCCUGGAAUCACCGGACGCGUUGGUUCAAAGGUGCGCUACGCGAUUACAAAGGUAGAAAUCGACGUGGACGUGCUCGAUCAUCAAAGCAAGCGAAAUAAUUGCAAGUCACUCGCGUCAUCUACGAUCACGAGUGCUGUUUCACGGUCGAACUUUCGCUUUGGCUGUGUUCGUACGCUCGGUUCGCCUAACCAUACACAAACGAGGUGGCAACGUCUGUCUGUUACUCUCGCGAUUACGGUAACAUGUAAAUAUAGUCGUGUACCACGGUUCGUCUUGGCCGAAAAUUUUCUCACACAGACGACGACCGUGCAGCGUUACAGACAUGUGUGGAAUGCAGAUUUUUCAUUCAGAAGCCGAUCGGAAGUAACAGCGGAGAACGCGAGACGACGUCGUUAUCAGUCUUUUCACUAACGCAUCAAGACCAACGACUGAGAUUCUUAAUAACGAGUGUUCAGAUGAUACUCGCCGCUGGGAGUUGUCCAUGCAUCAGGAUCCUGUGCUCCAGGAGCACGUGCGUUUAACACGAGAACCGUUUUGUUUGACGUGUGUCUCCAGUUUAUCUUGGUCGUAUCCCGUGCGUCAUCACCGAUCGUCGAUCAAUUAUUAAGUCCUACGAAUUAUGAUCAAGUCUCGAAUCUACUCAAGUUAAUUUAUUCAAAGAAUUUUAUCGUGUUUCCGUGUGUGUGUGACUGAUAGAUCAUCCCGUUCACUUUAAUGGACGAAGAGGAUUGUUGUAUGAAAAAAGAAGCUGAGGGCAGCUUCCGUUCGGAGAACCUUGGAUCUGGUUCUUCGUUCAUCACUGAUGCCAGAGGGCUCGAGGAUGGCGCGGAGAAAAACGGGGACUUAGGAGACAUGACCUUUUAUAUGACUAAUUAUAUAAAAGGUGCCAUGAAGAUGAUGUCCAUCAUGCGCAGCCAUCACAUGCUGACCGACGUUGUAUUGGAAGUCGGCUCGGAAGUGUUCUAUGCACACAAAGUGAUCUUGGCCGCAGCCAGUCCUUACUUCAAGGCGAUGUUCACGGGGGGGUUGAAAGAGUCAGAAAUGACUAAGGUUAAACUGCAAGGCGUGUGCCCGACCACAAUGGGAAAGUUGAUAUACUUCAUGUAUACCGGGCAAAUAAGAGUCACAGAGAUUACAGUGUGCUCGCUUUUAUCAGCUGCCACCAUGUUUCAGGUUAGUAAUGUGAUAGACGCGUGUUGCGUGUUCUUGGAAAGACAAUUAGACCCGACGAACGCGAUCGGGAUAGCGAACUUUGCCGAGCAACACGGCUGUCAGACUUUGUAUCAGAAAGCGAAUCAGUUUAUUGUUCAACAUUUUAGUCAGAUAUGUCAGGAAGAAGAGUUCCUACAGUUGUCAGCGAUGCAAUUGAUAUCGUUGGUCAGAAAGGACGAGCUGAACGUGCAGGAAGAACGCGAAGUGUACAACGCGGUGUUGAAAUGGGUCAAGUAUAACGAGGAGGCGAGGGGCUCGAAAAUGGAGCACAUAUUGCACGCGGUCAGGUGUCAGUACCUCACGCCGAACUUUCUCAGAGAGCAAAUGAAAAACUGCGACGUGCUGAAGAAAGUGCCUGCCUGUCGAGAGUACCUCGCGCAGAUAUUCAAGGAUCUGACUCUCCAUAAAAAACCGGUGGUCAAGGAGAGGACACCGAAUACCCGAAGAGUGAUAUACAUAGCCGGCGGUUUCUUAAAACACUCCCUCGACGUUUUAGAAGGGUACAACGUCGACGAGAAGACUUGGACGCAGCACGCGAAGCUGAUCGUCCCGAGAUCGGGUUUAGGCGGCGCGUUCUUAAAGGGUAUGUUCUACGCUGUUGGAGGGAGGAACAAUUCGCCGGACAGCAGAUACGACAGCGAUUGGGUGGACAGGUACAAUCCAGUAACGGAUCAGUGGAGAGCUUGCAGUCCGAUGUCGGUGGCAAGAAACAGAUUAGGGGUGGCUGUUAUGGAUGGUUUGCUAUACGCUGUCGGAGGCAGUGCGGGUGCCGAGUAUCAUAACAGCGUCGAAUGUUACGAUCCAGAUCACGAUUCUUGGACGAAUGUAAAACCGAUGCAUGUCAAGAGAUUGGGAGUUGGAGUGGCCGUUGUUAACAGAUUACUCUAUGCGAUUGGUGGAUUCGAUGGGACGAAUCGAUUGAAUUCUGUCGAGUGCUACCAUCCCGAAAACGACGAAUGGACGAUGGUUUCACCUAUGAAAUGCAGUAGAUCGGGUGCUGGGGUUGCCGGUUUAGGACAAUAUAUUUACGUAGUCGGUGGAUACGACGGGACCAGACAGUUGAACUCUGUAGAGAGAUACGAUACGGAAAAGGAUUCCUGGGAGCACUUCAGUAAUAUUUCUAUUGCUCGCAGUGCUUUGAGCGUCACGGUGUUGGAUGGAAAAUUAUAUGCAAUGGGCGGAUACGACGGGGAUCGAUUUUUAAAUAUAGUCGAGAUAUAUGAUCCUGUGAAGAACACGUGGGAGCAAGGGGUGCCGAUGACCUCGGGGAGAUCGGGUCACGCGAGCGCAGUGUCUUAUCAUCAGUGUCCCAUUCAUUGCGAUCAUCUGGACCACCAUCUACCGAUGGAGAAACCGCCCUCGUGAUGAACGUAACUGAGUGUUAGUAUUGGUUUAUAAGGAAACAAACGAAUCAUAGACUGAUAGAUCGCGUUUUCAAGUUGUGGAAUGAGGUAGUGAAUGCCUCAUUAACAUUCAAUUGUAACAUACGUGCGUAAUAUCCCGGUAAUUUCCAACGAUAAAAUUGUAAAUAGAAUUUGUUAUCUUUAAACGGAAAAUUUUUAUACAAGACUUCCUAGGAAAAUUUUUAUA